UCAAAAGGAAAAAGCAAAGAGAGUGAAGAAAAAAGAAGAGAGAGGAAAGGAAAGGAAGGAAGACAGCGGUUAACUGUAGUGCCGGUGAGAGGACCGAGUUCACAUCUGGCUCCAAAUGAUGAAUUCUCAGGUGAAUCUCCGGCGGCCAAUUACGGCUUAGUUAGUAGUGCUCCAUUGCUCGGAAUAACGACGGUAAUAGAUAAUAGAUUUUGAUUGGAAUAUAGAGGAGAUUUGGAGAAAGCGAUUGAUUUGAGAGAGUUGGAGCAAGUGAUAAAGGUGGAGACGUGAGGAGAUGAAAGGCGGGGGUGGCGUUGUGGGAGGCGUUGCUCCGGCGAAACGGCGAUGGAGAGGCCUCGCCAGCAGCGUCUUUUUCCUUGUUGUUCUGUCCAUGUUUGUUCCACUCGGAUUCUUGCUCGGCCUUCAUAAUGGCUUUCACUCUCACGGUAAUUACAACGCCUUCUGUCUCUCUUUUGAUUCGUAAUUGCUCUUGUUCUUGUUGAAUCAUCCGUUCUUUUGAUCAGAUCCGUUUUUUCUUUCUCCAUUUUUCGUUUGGUUUUGAUAUUUGCUGUCGUUUUUAAUCACUGUAUUGAUCAUUAUCCGAGAUCUAGAUUUAGUGAAUGUUGGAUUUAGCAAUACCUCAUUCCUUUUUCAUGUUUUUGACUUCUUCGAUUAUUAAUUCCCACUGUUAACAAUUUGUUUGGAGAAUCUCAGUGGCGAUUCACUCUUGUUUAUUGGCAAUUUGGACUGAAUCUCUUUCCAUGUUGUUUUGCGUUGAAUGGAUGUGUUUCUGGCUUGCUUCAUUCUGCUGCUGUUAAUAUCUGCUCCUGCAGCUCCAACGUCGGAUUUCUCUUUCUCUAGCAUCUAUUUCAAAUUUUUAACUGGCUUUGUAUUCUAAAUCUCACGUACCAUCCAAUUUGAUCUUCUACAGGAUUCGUGCCCAAUCAAAGUUCAUGGGCUGGUGGUGGUUCAAGCGACAUAGAUGACCUUCUGAAUAAAAUAGAACCAAAGUUGCCAAAGGUUUGGUGCUUGAACUCUGAUGAUAACUAGUGUUUCUAGACUCUGGUGUUUCAUUUUCUGCUGCAUCCUUUUAGUCUCUUUUGAGUUUUGAUGUUUAUUAUUUGUGUUGAUAAUGCUGAAUUACUUGGUAACAGUGAAAUUGUAGGGUAGUGGUCAGAUAGCCAUUAGCUUUUGUUCUGUUAGACUUGGAGUAAAAAGGCUGGCAUUUG